AUGUCUUCUAACGCUGUUACUGAAAAACCAAUUGAAUGGAUUGAGGAAGCUAUUAAUAAAAGACAUAUCAAAUAUUAUGAAUAUAAGCAUUUUAGCAAUAUAGAGGAGAUUGGAAUAGGUGGUUUUGGAAAAGUAUAUCGUGCAAAAUGGAGAAAUUCGGAACAAUAUUUGGCGUUAAAGUCUUUUUUUAAUCUUGAUAGUGCUACUAUUAAGGAACUUUCUCAUGAGCUUGACCUUCAUCGUGAGGUACACUUUCAUGAUAAUAUCAUCAAUUUAUUUGGAGUAACAAAACUUACGUCAGAUAAUGAAAUUGAUCGAUCACAAAAUUAUUUGCUAGUAAUGGAAUAUGCUGAUGGAGGAUCUCUUCGAAAAUAUUUGGAAAAGAACUUCAGCAAUCUUACUUGGGAGAAUAAAUACAACUUGGCAUAUCAGUUGGCCUGUGCUGUACUAUGUUUACAUGAUGAAGGAAUAGUGCAUCGCGAUUUGCAUUCUGGUAAUAUACUAGUUCAUAAAAACACUAUUAAGUUAGCCGAUUUCGGGCUAUCAAAAAGGAUCGAAGCAUCGUCAAAAAAACAUUCAAAUUUAUUUGGCGUAAUACCUUAUAUUGAUCCAAAAAGAUUUGUGAGCGAAAAUAAAGAAUACUCACUAAAUGAAAAGAGCGAUGUUUACAGCGUUGGUGUAUUGUUAUGGGAGAUCUCUAGUGGUCAACGCCCUUUUUUCAAAGACGAUUAUGAUGUUAGAUUGGCUAUAAGAAUUCACGUAGGUUCUAGGGAAUCAAUUAUUCCUGGCACACCCAGAGAAUAUUCUAAUCUUUAUACCGAAUGUUGGGAUGGUGAACCAGAUAAUCGACCCUCUAUAAUCGAUGUUGUUAAAAGAUUAAAAGAGUUUAGUACUCCACAAUCAGAUAUGUUAAAGAUAAUUGAAGAAAUUGACAUUAAAAAUUCAUCGUCACAUGAAAAGUCUCAACUAAUUGAAGCUUUUACACAUGCAGAAGUAAGUGAAUCUAAUAAAGUUAAUGAAGACAAUGAAACCAAAAAAGCAUUGGUCAAUAAAAUAGUUGAGCUUAUUUUUGGAGAAAUAAAUGAAGAAAAAGAUCAAAAUAUAAGAAAUCAGAAUAUUUAUGAUAACUUAAAUAGUAAUAAGAUAACUUUACUAGAAAUUUAUAAUUGGUUAUUAAUUAAUCAAAAUGAACCAAAUUUUGUUUUCUUGCUGGGAUAUUUUAACUAUUUCGAAACAGGAACAGAUAAAAAUAACGACGAAGCUUUUAGAUUAUUUAAUAAAGCUUCAAAGGAAAACCAUAUAUUAUCACAAUAUUAUGUAGGAUUAUGUUAUGAAUUUGGUCAUGGAACUUUAAAGGACGAGGAUUUAGCUUUUGAAAAUUUUAAAAACAUAGCCGAUAAAAACUAUGCACUAGGACAAUUUAAAACAGGCUAUUUUUAUCAUAAAGGAAUAAGUGCUAAAAAGAAUUUAAAAGAAGCUUUUAUUUGGUAUCAAAAAGCUGCAAACAAUGGAAACUUAAUGGCAAUGUUCAAUCUCGGUAAAAUGUAUAAAGAUGGAGAAGGUACCAAUAAAGAUAUCGAUAAAGCAAUUUAUUGGUGUAAUAAAUCUUUUGAAGGAGGAAAUCAAAAUGUUCAAAAAUACUUAGAAAAAUUAAUGAAAAUUAAGGAUAGAAAAAGAACUAAUUCAUGUAAAACCAGCUAA